GUUUAAUAUAAAACGAUAGAUAAGAAAAAAAUCGAGAGAGAGAGAGCCCUAGAUCUGUUUACCCCCUAUUUCUCCUCUGCUCUACUCUUCUGUGUUUCACUCGCUGAGUCGUUUUCUCUGAUCACUGAGAGAGAGAGAGAGACCUUAUUUGACAAAUAUCUCCUUUUUUUUUUUUUUUACCAUCUUUUUAUUCUCCUUCUUCUUCUCUCCAGACAAGAACCCCAAAACGACAACGUUUAACAUCCAAACACCAGCAAGACGCUUUCGUACCUUCCUCUUCGUCCUCCUCUGUUUAACCGAUUUAGAUUUUUCCCUCACAACUCCCUAAAAAAAAAAAAAAAAAAAACCCUAAUUUCAAUCUCUACAUCUCUGAUGGGCUCCUCCUCCGAUAUCGUCCCUGACCGAUCUUCCCCCGGGAACCACCGCUCCCCCGCCGACGACGCUUCUCCGGUUGCCGGUACCAAAAUUCCGGCGGAGGAUCCGACGACGCUGAGGAGAACGAGGCCUUCGCGAGCCUGCACUGUUAGGGCGCAGGAGCGGCUUCAGGAGCAGCAAGCGGCGGAGAGAAAGGUCAGGCCUUUGAAGAAGGAGUGUAAACGGAGGGAAGAAGAGGUUGAUGAUGAUGAUGCGGAGGAGGAGGAGGAAGAUGAGAAAAAUCAGCGGCAAUGCGUUGGAGGAGGAAGUUCAGGCAAAAGCAAAAUCGUUACCUUUCUUGUCCCGCCACCGGAGCCUUCGCAGAUGCCGCGGUGGAAUCUUAGGUCUACGUGGGAACUUGCUUCCGUACUCAACUUCUUGCAUGUUUUUAGACCGCUUUUGAAGAUCAAUGCGGAGUUUUCAGCUGAGGAGUUUGAGACGGCUUUGCUGAAUCCUAACGAUACUUUAAGUGACAUUCAUAUUCCUCUCCUAAAGGCCAUUCCUCCUGUAACUAGAACGGCCCUCACACGUGAUACCUGGGUCACUGUCUUGUGCAGAAAAAUUAGAGAUUCCUGGCAUUGGGUCGCAGAAGGGGACCUUCCUAUUAUUGCCGCGCAAGGGCGGGAGACCGAAGUGUACAAAUCUCUUGAUCCAGCCAUUCGUGUGGUGAUUUUGAAAGCUUUAUGUGAUAUUCGUGUUGAGCAAGAGGAUAUCAGGAGCUACAUUGACAAUUCCCUUAAAACUGGUGUUCAUGUGUCAGCUUUUCGCAAAAAUCGCGUUGGGGGUGAUUCACAUGGAGUUAAUUUUUGGUAUGAGGAUGAUCCCUUUGUUGGUCACCGUUUAUAUCGGGAAAUAAGGAAAGCAGAGGUGGUUAAGGUCAGAACGAAGGGUUCCAAGAUUCUUCCUAACGUAACAUAUCAAUGGGAAACUGUUGCCACCAAUUUCGAUGAAUUCCAAGAUGUUUCUGAGAAACUUAAUUCAAGUAGUAGUAGAAUUGAGAUUUCUCUAGGGAAGAAGUUAACUAGAGAUAUGCUUCCUGAGAUAGAAAAAGAACACAAGAGGAAAGAAAAAUUGUUGAAAAAGCAACAUAGACAGGCUCUUCUCCUUGAUAACUAUUUGGUUGUCGACGGUCUUGGUGUUGGCCGUUCUCUUCGUGACAGGAAGCCAGUUAGAUACACUUUUGGUAAGGUUAUAACCUUGUUGGGAAUUCAUGAAUAUCCCAUCUUGAUUUCUACUCGGCUGAAGGGCUUUUCUAAUCGUUUAAUAUUUAUUGCAGAUGAUUAUGAUAGGUCGAUAAACGAAGCUAUCAAGAUAACAAAGAAGAAAGAUCCAUCACCAGAAGAACCUUUCCUCCACAGAAGAGAAUCAGCCAGGUUGGACGCUCUUGCGAAUGGCAGUUCGACAUGUUCAACCCACCCAGCUGAGCCUGUGAACGAUACAGCAUCUGCGGGAUCUUCUGAUUCUGAUGGGUUCGAUGAGCAGAGAGAUGAAUCCAUGGACAGAAGGCAAGAUACAGUGCGCAGACAACGGCCCCAGCGGUAUUCAGCGACGGACUUUGUUGAAACUGUUUCAGACAAUGAUGCAGGAUUCGAAAGCGAUGAUGACAUUGUUGGGGAAGCAGUUUAUGAUGAAGAGUAUCUUAGGAAGCGUAAACGGAAGAAGCAAUCUAGUGGUUCUGAGGGAGAGGAAGAGAACGGAGAUGAAGAGUACAAAUGGGAUGAAGACAAUGCUGAGUACGAGGAAGAGGAAGAAGAAGAAGAAGAAGAUGAAGAUUCUCUAAGUGGUAGCGAAGAAGAUAGCGAUGAACCCCGAAGAGGUAAGAAAAUGCCACGGAGAGAAGCUAAGUCAAGAUCAAGAUCAAGGUCAAAUGAUUACCGGACAGGUCUGAGACGUAGUAAAAGAGCCACAAGAAUCGAUUACCAACAAUAUGAGUUCUCGGAAUCAGACAAGGAAGCAACAGGAGCGGCUAAACGGAAACGAUUGGUUGAGCCAGAUGAACAUUCCGAUGAAUCAGGGAAUGGGAACUUCACAAUGGGAAGUGAGGACUCGGAAGAAAAGGCAAAUGACCAUGAAUCAGAAUCUCCUGAUGAAGAAGAGACUAGAGAAGUCAAUGACAAUGCAGAGAAAACAAAUGGCACAGAGAAUAAUAAUCAAGUGAACAAGUCAAACUGCACAGACCAAGAAGUUGAGGGUGCAGUAGGCAAAAGGCAUUACCUCGAUUUAAACGAGCUUGCUCCUGUAUCUGGUUUUGAUGAUGGUCCAAGUACAGUUUUGAAGGAUGAUGAUAAGACAGACAACUUAUAAUCAAAGACAUAGAGACCGUCUUAAAGCUCCCUCUGUAAACAAGAUAUUUACGAGUUAUUUCUGGCAGAAACCUCUUCAGUUGAACGGUAAUCUGCAUUCAAGCAUAUAUGCCUUCUAGUUUUUAAGUUAUCAGGCAAACACGGCUGAUAAGUGAAGUGGAGAGGUCUCUCCUGUGUAGAUUAGUUUAGUCAUUUUGUUCUUACCCUGAAAAGGAAACAAUGAAGAGGGUGAACCAGAGAUUCCUACAAGCUGUUGGUUAUGGAAUUAUUAUUAGUGUACAAUUAACUUUUGUAUUUAACCAUAUGAACACGUUCAGGGUCUCUUAGAUUUUGGUAAAACGAUGCAGCUUUGAGACUU